GUAAUGAUGUGUGAAUACAGGAACAUGCUUUACAUUUCAAAGAUGUAUCUGUGCUGCUCCACCUGUCUGUGACAGCAGUGAAGAAAACUGCCACACAGACUAAACAUAAACUGAUUGAACUUUAACUGGAAGAAAAGAUCUGACUAGCUUAGUGAUCACUCAAAAAGGAAGAAAAACUAGGCUUAUCUAUAUCACUUAUUUUUCGCAAUAUGAUCUGGAUUUUAUUACAUUUAUGGUAGCCUAAAGAACUGAACAAAGGACUAAUAAUAGGAACACAGGGUAACAUGAAAAGGACCAUGUCCCCCUUAGUGGUUCUAUUUAUUAUUUUAGGAUUGUUGGGGCCAACAUGUGAAAAUCUAAAUAAUUUGACGGACUCAGCAGUUUCACAUCAUACGCCCUCACCAGACCAAAGAGUUACCAGCAGGACCCAACUGAAUGACAGAGCAAUGGAAUACUGGCCUGUGGCCAACCGUACAGAAAUUAAAAUUUUUAGGAGAGGACCACUAGUUAUUUCCAGAAAAUACUGGUACCCUGUUUUAGAAAUAUCAAUUAAAAAAGCACCUCCCAUAUCCCCUGCAAUUACCUCAGCCACAACAUCAACAAAAUCAUUCAGCUCAUCACCAGCAACAACAACUAUGUUGCCCUCUUCAGCUUUCCCAGCAACUGCACAAACAACUACUUCAGGGCCUUCAACAACCAAAACAAAGUCCACCAUUUCAACAGAGCCCCUAACAACCAGCAUUCAGGAACAUAUCAGCAAACAGAAGACCACCACAAGACAAAAAUCAGAAACCACAACCGAGCUUCAAACUUCAGCAGUGCCAGCAACAAUCACCACUUCAGAAACAACAAUCUUACCAACUGCCAACUCAAGACAACAAACAACCAUUACACAUUUUACAACUUCAGCAAUGCUACCAAAAACUACCACUUCAAACAAUAUAGCAUUAGAAACCUCAAGGCAACUAACAGCCACCACAUCAAAGCUCACAAUGUCUGUAUUUCCAGGAACAGCCACUCCAUUAAACACACCAGCAACUACCGCAAUACAGCUAACAAGCAACAUAAAACCCACAACCACUAGAAAUACAUUGGGAUUGACAUUAAAAUGGACACCAUUGGAAACUGGAGCAUCAGAGGGUGCUACAACCAGUACGCAGACAACAACUGUAAAGGAUGACUCAAACGCUCCAAAAGUAACAGCAACUGCCAUUUCAUCUGCAAAUCUGCCAGCUACAUCAGGUGCGGGAGUUAGUUUUGAAAGUACAACAGCUAAAAGAACAUCCAAAACUGCAUCACUGGUUUCAGAUACAACUUUAUUGUCUACAGUGCCACCUGGAACAACAAAUGCAGCAGCAACAAUUAUAGUGCCCCAAACAGGUUUGACAAAAUAUGCUAUGACUAUACACUACUGUUCAAACCAGGGGCAUGUCUAAAGGGGU